AUGGGUCCUCAGCUGUUUCUGUUCGUGGGAUUGUUCCUACAACUGCUCUCUGCGCACCAGCUACAUCCACGCGACAACCCUGCCUGCGAGUUCUCGGUAGCCGCCUCCUACGCUGGAGAAACUUGCGACACUUUCACGAGGAGGUGGCAUAUUGAUCGUGCCACAUUUCUAUCGUUAAAUCCUGAUGCCGACUGUUCCGCCCUUACCGACGAUCGCACCUUCUGUGUGAAGGAAAAGCGCCCGUCGAUCUCGGCUUCCUCUCUGGCCACGAUAUCAACCACAACCGCCUCUCCAACGAUAGGGUCCACAACCACGGACAGCUCCACAGCGACAUCAUCCACAGCCACCGACAACUCUACAGUGAUAUCGUCCACAGCUACUGGCAGCUCUACAGCGACAAGGAAAUCCACGACUCCUACAGCUAGCUCUGAGUCUACCGCUUCAGCUGCUACCAUUCCCCUGCAAAUAACAAUGAUUGUUACACUAUUGUUAUCUGUCUGCUUUACUUGA